GGAGCCUCCUAUCUCAAUGUACAGCCACAUAAACAAAAUAGAACUAGUUACUCCUAAAGAUAGCACACUUUUGAGUGACUGAUCCCUGGUUUUGCUCUCAACCAUACUUGCAACCCCCUGUAUUGAUCAAGAGAAGAGGCUACACCUGUGAACGCCCAUCUUCUCAAAGUCCUCUCCGCAUUGCUCACCGGUAGCACACAUCGUCCUGUUCUCUCUCUUGCAAAUAUCGCAUUUCGCAUUACCAGAGUCAUAGCUUGGUAUCCUCGCAUUUUGCAGACAAGUGUAAGUGCAAAGGAGAAGAAUUGGGCAUGCAAGGUCCGUCGAAUCCUCACCAAGGGACGUCCCACGGAUGGUACCCCGGGGGCUACCCUGCUCCAGCGGGGUGGCCCGGCUACCCGGUCCCACCGAGCGUGUUUGUCCCGACACAAGGAUACGCGGCUCCACCUGGACAGUAUCCGCCCCAUGGCCAGCCAGGUGGGUACCCUCCGGCAGGGUAUCCACAGCAGCCUGGCUACCCACAGCAAGCCGGCUACGCCGUUCAUGGUUCAUCUAAGAAAAAAGGGAAAAAAUCUUCCAAGGGGAAACAUAAAGGUGGUGGCUUCGUGGGAUUUCUCGGUGAGGCUGUCGCGACCGCUGCAGCAAUUGGAAUUGCUGCAUUGUCUGAAGGCGAGAUCAAGCACAAGGACAUGAAAAAGUACGGCAAGUUCAAGUGGAAGUGAAUUUUUUUUUUGUGAUUAUUGUUGCCAUGCCCCUUUUGGAGAGUGGCAAAGUUCUACUUCUUUUUAAUACAAGGAGAUCACAAUUCCUGAUAUUUCUCUAUUCCAAGGAUAUUCUAUGUUUUGUAUCUUAUAUUCUCAUUAGAAAUGUAGCGGUGAUGUGGCAUGAUUUUGGUUUCCCCGGGAACAUAUAUAUCAA